AUGUACGCUGCAGUCUGCAAGUUGGGUCCCCCUCCCGUCCCGAGAGCCGAGAGAGACCGCAACCCACUUCUCGCCCCCCCCACGCCUCGACUUGGACCUUCAAACAUCCUCCUGGACACUACCAGGCUUGUCGGCGCAAUGACCCAGUCUAUGGUCUCCGGGACAGGACCAGUCGAAUCGCCUGGCCUUCACCACUUUCAAUCAACGGCAGCGCAAGACCACCUCCGACCAUUUCGGCCGAUCACGACAACCCCCCCCAACCAGAUACCCCGCGGCGUCGGCUCGGCCGCCGGAGUGAACGACCAACCCACCGAGGUCCCAGUGACAUCGACAAGCUUCAAAGAGUCGGCACCGGUGCUCGAGUCGGCGGCUUCAGGCACAGAUGAAGAUGAAAUUCCUCCAUUGCCGACGGUGGUUGCGCAAAUCCACGCCCGCGUGCAAUCGUUCCUCGACGAGUCACAUCCCCCCGACUCCCUCCUCGCCUCGGUGCAGCGACAGACUCGGAUCUCUCUCGACGUUGUGGCCCGAGCCUUAACGCAGUACAAAUUCUCCGAGUUGUCAAUCUCCUACAAUGGCGGCAAAGACUGCCUCGUCAUGUUGAUCCUAUUCCUGGCGGGCCUCCACCCCCAUAUUCGUGCCACACAGUCCACCCAAGACGGCCCGACGGCGGAAAGGGUCUCGACCCCAGCUUCUUCAGCAACAACAUCAAGGACCACAACAGCCCCUCCCACUGAAGAUCGGCGUGAGGUCGAUUCCGAGGCGAUCUCGGAAAUUCCCGCCAUCUAUGCGUUGCCGCCCGAUCCGUUCCCCGCCGUGGAAGACUUCGUCAUUACCUCGGCGCAAGCCUACCAUCUUCAGAUCACCAAAUACACCACAGCGCCCCCGGUCACCACCAUGCGCUCUUGUUUUGAAGAGUAUCUGGCAGCACACCCGGCCAUUCGCGCCAUCUUCGUCGGCACACGACGGACGGAUCCACACGGCGGGAAGUUGACUCAUUUCGACCAGACCGAUCACGGCUGGCCCGAUUUCAUGCGCAUUCAUCCAGUCAUCGACUGGCACUAUGCGGAGAUCUGGGCGUUUAUCCGUCACCUCAAUUUGACCUACUGCUCGCUUUACGACUUGGGAUACACAAGCUUGGGUGGUACAUCGGAUACGCACCCGAACCCGCGGCUGCGCAGACCCAGCGGAACAGAAGAUGCCAGUGACGUCCGCGCGGAAGGCUCUGCGGAAUAUCUUCCUGCCUACGAACUCAUCCAGGACGUGGAGGAGCGACUAGGACGAAACUAA